AUGCCUAUAAUGCGUCGCGAUCUAUCGAUAAUACUCCAACUCGGUUUCGGGUUUCUUCUCGUUUUCGCCGCUUUCAACAGUCAGGGCUUUAUUGAGAUAGCUGUGCUUCGAAGUUUGGCCGAUCAGAGCACGGGAAUCACCGCGAAUUCCGGAUAUUACAGCAUGUCGAUCAUCUAUUUUGUCUUCACACUGUGCAAUCUCAUCGCUCCGCCAGUUAUCGCAAGAAUUGGACCAAAGUGGUCGAUGGUUUUUGGUGCCGGUUGUUACACGAUUUUUCUUCUCGGUUUUCUUCAUCUUUCCGCCUGGCUACUUUACUCGUUGUCGGCUUUAUUGGGACUCGGUGCCGCGUUGAUUUGGACUGGCAAUGGUGUUUACUUGGUUCGUUUCUCGAGAGAAGGGAAAAUGGCGAGAAAUAGUGCGAUCAUGUGGACAAUGUUGCAGACAUCACUCGUUGCUGGCGCCAUUUUUCUCGCAUUCGUCCUCCACACUGGUGAUCUCGUCUCAUCAUUUCAUUUCGUUUACACGGUUUUUGCGGCCGUUUGUGCUGCCGGAAUCCUUGUUCUUGUGACAUUGCCUGGAAGCCCGACGGAUAUCAUUUAUGAAGAAGAUCGAGAGGAUCUCAUCGAGAACGAGGAACGUAGAGAGGUGGAAAUCCCUGCAACUCGUCAAUCCCCUCCGGCUGUCGUUUUGAGUUUCGGCGAGGAGUUUGUUCGAACUUUUGCUUUGCUUAAAACGCAGAACAUGUUGACGUUGAUCGUCGUGUUUUUAUUCUCGGGGAUUGAGACGAGCUUUUACACGGGAGUCUUUACUGCUUGUUUGUCAGCAUUCAAAUCGUUGAGCUCCGUUCACAAGGCGAUUAUCGCUUAUGCUGUGUUGGCGAUGGGAGGCGGGCAGAUUGUUGGCGGACUUUGGUUCGGACUUGGCGCCAAAGACACAUCGAAAUUCGGUCGAAGUGGCGUGGUUUUAUUCGGAAUGUCUCUGCACAUCGUCGCCUAUUUCCUUUGUUUCCUCAAUUUACCGAUGACGGCUCCUCUUGGUAAUACGGGACCCGGUGAAGUGGGAUACAUUGAGCCAAGUUUCAUCGCUGCAUUGAUCACCGCCUUUAUGUUGGGGUUAGCCGAUUCGGCGUGGCAUACUCAGCUUUACACGAUGUUGGGAGGGAUUUAUAAAGAUACCGAUUCGUCGGCCGCAUUCGCGCUCUUCAAGUUCUUCCAGUCACUAGCUUCUUGUGCAGCUUUCUACUAUGGGAGUGUUCUUCUUCUUCAUUGGCAACUUCUUUUCUUGGUUGUAAUGGCUGCAGCCGGAGCUGUCUGCUUUUUCACCGUUCACAAUGCAGCAGCUAAAGAGGAGAAUUUCUUGCGAAACGAAGAU